CUACAUCAUCGAACACGCUCAUCUGCUCGACGACAUGUAUCGCCGUCGUUUGUUGAGAUACAGCAGACUCCAAUCAAGGCGAAUACAUCAUGUCGAAUCCGGGACAGAUGAAUCGGCCGACAGGUCAACCGGCAGCACCACCUGGCCCACCAGUCGUCCAGCGACGCCGUCAAAACGCGACCGGAGGCCUGUUCAAGGUCAAGAAGAAGAACCCUUAUGCUCAGGGAAGGGUGGCGAGUGGGAGUGGCACCAAUGCUGAAGCUGGUGCAGGCCCUGGACAGGGGGCAAAUGUUCGAGCGAACGGGAGUUCGCAAGGCUCUCAGGGGAACCUAGGUGGAGCGAUCUCAACCUCCAACGCUGGAGAGGUUGCAUCGACAUCGGCUCGACCAACCAACCCUGCGUUGGGGAGCACGCCAGGACGAUCGGUGACCCCUAUUCCAGGUCGACUCGUACCCGGUCGACCUACGCCCGGUACUCCCUCCAACACUGCAGGUCGAGCUGGUUCAUCACAAGGCUCACCUAGAACCUCUACCGCCUCCGCCUCGUCAGCAGCUCGACCCCCGCAACAACCGCCACAACCGACCUAUACCGACUACCCUAUCUACCUCCUCCCCCGAGUACCCUCUACAAACCCAUCCGCCACAACCGACCCUCUCCUCCGAGCCCUCCCCUUCCCUACCUCACUCAACGUCAUUCACAUCCGACACCCGCCCUCCGCCCUCCUUCCUCUUCCCGACCUCUCCAACCCGGCCGGCCAACUCUACUUGAACCGCAAAGACCCUUCCGCACCCCCUCCUCCCGAUCCUCGGAUCUUGCAAGAACGGAACGAAGAACGAGAAAGGAUCGCCCAGGUCAAGACCCCCGUCAGGCAGGCGGACGGGACCUGGAGGGUCCGGAUGUGGGAUUGGGCGAACAAGGGAGAAAAGAAGGACGAGAACGGGGAGACGGUCUGGAAGGAAGCCGCUGAUCCGAGCAUGAUCGCUCCGGACUUGGUAGAGAAGGCUCCCGUCGACAAGUGGAAGAACAAGGGAAAAAAGGGGGGCAAGUUUGGGAAACGAGGUGGGCGUGGAGGUGGUGGAGGGAGCAGAGGAGGGAAAUCUGGAGGAGCGGCGGGGGAAGGGAGGGUGAACGUCAAGAUGAGGGAACAGGCUUUGAUGUACCGGUUACAUGAUGGGAGGCACGACUUGCCUUCAGAUACGGAUACCGGAGAUUCUGAUAGCGACGAGGACAAGGAAAAGGACAAAGAUAACAACGAUCGACCGGAGGAUGAGGAGACGGCCACGACCAAAGGCAAGAAGAACAAGAAAAAGGCUACCACUAACGCCGAUGACGAGUCGCCGAAAAAGGAACGCAAGGUCAAGGGAAAGACGUACAAGAGGACGUUGGCCAUCGCCAACGCGAGGAACAGGGAAAAGAACCCUUUCGUCCUCGAAGGUCAUUUCGGGACCGAACCCAUGUUGCCCGUCCCCCCUCCUGGUGCUGUAGCUGUUCCCGCUGCUGAGCCAGGGUCAAACGACCCGAAUAUGCCGGCCCAGCCGCCGGUCCCGGAAAGGCAGAAAUUGAGGUACGUUUCGAAUGCCAUCUCCGACGUCAAGGAUCGGUACGUGGCCUUGCUCUUCAACAAGAGUGAUGUCGGGUUACGAUGGGUCGGAAGGGAAUAUACGUUUGGCGUCAGGACGGAGGAAAAGAGGGACGAGAGGGAGGGCCAGGAAGGGGGUAGGAGCAGGUGGGGUCCUAGAGGGACUAGGAGGGGUCAAGCUGCAAGUGGAGCUGGAGCCGGCGCUGUCCGCAAUCCUGCUGAUGCAGCGGCGGCAGCGGCGGCUGUAGCUGCUGGUGGAAGCACCGAAGACGUGGAUAUGGAGCUCUAUCGACCGGGAUCGGCCAUGUCGGACGUCAAGCCUCAUCUUCAAGAUACGGGGGACAACCCAGACGCUUUCCCCCGCAUGUACCCGUCCACCUCGAACCGGGACAUGCCGGACAUCAAACCCAAGAUCGAGGUCAAACCUGAUCCUGACGCCUAUGGCGGUCGACGUGGACGUGGAAGGGAUACCAAACCGUUGUUGACGACGUUGGCGGACAAAUUGGCCAAAUUCGAACAGUCUGAUUAUAGUUAUGCCAAGACGGGGAGUGGGAGGGAUAUCGAUCAUGACGCCGCCGAGGAGAUCCAGCGGGGUAGACAGAGGGUUCGGAGGGGAGUUCAGAAGUGGGAGGACGAUGAGUUCGAGACGAGAGGGAGGAGAGGGGCGACGGGUCGAGGGGACGUCGAGCGUGGCGCAGGCGAAGAUUGGGAUGUCGAGUACACGGGUGAACAGGACGACGAAGAGGAAGUCCUCGUCAACGCCGAAGAAGAAGAAUUUGCCCGUGAACGUGAUGCCCGGAUUAAGGAGGAAUAUGACCUUGCCAACGCCAACGUCGGUCUGUUGCAACGUGACGAGGAAGAGGAUUCGGACGAUUCGGAUGAUCUGUUUGGAGAGCGGGCCGAGGCCAAGAAGAAGCUCAAGAAGCGGGAGAGGCGACUGAAGCGCAAAUUGGCGGGUGAGAACAGCGACGAAAGCCUCAGCGAGAGUGAGGAGGAGAGCGAGAGCAGUAGCGAUGAGAGCGAUAUCACGGCUCCUACCGAAGAGGAAGACGUGAAGCCCGACAUCAACGCUCUCAACGCUGCCACCGCUUCUCCUACCAAAGACAAGGGCAAGCAGAGAUCGAUCUCGCCUGCGAGCAGAAAGGCCAGCUCUCCUUCCGCUCCUGUCAAGCGGGAAGCCAGUCCAGCCGGCAGCUCUGGACGCACGCUCUCGGUCGAUCGUGGCGCUGGGCAUGCACUUGCAGCCAGACGAGCCCUCAGCCCGGCGGGAAGUAGGGCAUCCGUCGAACCCGGUUCCGGAUCUCGAGGGAAGAAGAGAAAGGGUCCUCCUGCUCAGAACACUGCACCUCCCGAAUCGGGCAGUGGAAGACCUUCGACGCCUCUCAGCAAAAAAGCGAGAGCCAAUACCGAAGGCCCUUCACCUUCGUCUAGCGGGCAUUCGACUCCCAUUGGGAUCGACUUUGCCAUGCAACCCAUCGAUGCCCCUGUCGUCAGUGGCACUGGAGGCCCAGCAUCGGCCGCUACGGGACAUACCCCUACACCUGCCAAGAAACACAAAGCUCGAGGCAAGAAGUCCAAGACUGGAGCCGAGGGAUCAAAUACACCUGAUACACCUAGAAGCCCGAGCGUCAACGCUGGCCGUUACGGAAGUCCUGCGCCUUCAUCUUCCCGUCAAGGCAGUCCUGCUCCAAGCGCCGGCGGACGCACACAGAGCAGGGGGCCAAAGAAAUCGACCCUGUCGCCGCAGGAGAUCGAGGCGGAAAUGUCCAGGCUGCGAGUCGCUACAUACCCCGGUGCGCUCACUGCGAGAAUGGUUCGUGACGUGCUCGUUACCGCCGGCCGUCCCCUCGACGGUAGACAGCUUUGGGAAGCUACUACCAGAUUGGAGCCUGCCGACUUGACGAAGGAACAGAAGGUCGAGAAUCAAGCUCGUCUGAAGAAUAUUUGCAAGUACUUCUGCCUCAAGACAGCGCCGGACAACUUGUACUCGUGGAACGAAAGCCAGCGGGCAUGAAGUAGCGAAAAGUAACGGUGCCAUUCCAGCAAGAUUGAAGGCGACCCGAAAUGUAUCAUGACGAUCACAUGUAUGCGGAUGACGCAUGUACAAACUCAAAAGAAAGCAUGACAGAAGA